AUGCAACUGGGGCGCUCCCAUGAUGGCGGGGGCCUUACCAGGGUGGUGUUUGGGCUGCCUGGCUGUGCGUGGCCACACGAUGGCCUGCUGGAGGAGCUGAACCUGCUUCCGUGGUGCAAAGGUGUGUGCGACAGCGCACCUGCGUGCAAGCUGUGCCUGCGGGGGCGUGUCGAUUGCUGCGUCCGCGGGUGCAACUGUGGUGACAGCGCUUUGCAGGCACGUGAUGGUUGGUGCGGGGCCCAGACGUGCUCGGUGUGUCUCAGACAGCUUUUCCGCGGGCUGCGGCGCCGCCGUUGCCGCCAUAUGAUUGAUUCCGUCUCGAUUAGUGCAUGGUGGUCAGCUUCCAGAUGGCCAGGCUGUACUUGUGCUUGCCCCGGGCCGGCAGGCUCUUUGGCUGUGCCGGUGGGUCGUGCUUGUCGGGCUGGCGCCGUUCUGCCGUUAUUUAUCGGUCGCGACCCCCUCAGCAUGCACGUGCGGGCCCUAGUUGCGCGCGAGCGGUGUUGUCAUUCUCUUCCUUUGUUUCUCUGCUGCACUGUCCCUUCCUCUUGCCGCGAGCGCGGUGCAAAAGUGCAUCGGACUGCGCGCGCUGUGCAGCUUUUCCUGCGUUCGAACCCCGAAAGCCACAGCAUGCCCUUGCAACUUGUGCGUCAUGCGCUACCGCAUCGCUCUCCGCAGGCUGCGUCCGGAGAUUGCCCUUACCCGAGAUUCGUUUCUUCCUGGAAGGCCCGCCGAUACCGGCUGCCGCCGUGUGUGUUCCAUUCUCAUGGCAGACCCGCAUUUAACCCGCACAGACUAUGCAUUGCCUGUUGCUGCACUCCUUCGCCUAGCUGUAGCCCGCAAUGUGUCGGCAGCAUCUCCGUCCGUCUGAUUAUUGCAUGCCAACCGCAACCUGUUGCGUCGCCGUCGCAUCGAUGUCCGUCCCGGCCAUAA